GACACAACAACAACAACAACCGGGAGCACUGGAGGGGUUGUUGAGCAGACGGAGCAGCAAAAACAACAACAGUAAUAUCCGACGCCCUGCGGGAAAAUGUUGAGUCUCGACAACAACCAGCAACAAAUUUGUUCUUUUUCUCUCUCUCGUUGUUGUUGCUGUUGCUGCUGUACACUUUCCAUUGGCCUCUUCCCGUGCAUUUUACGUUGGCAUUCUCGAGGAAUGUCUUGGAAGAAAAGAAGAUUUCAGAAUAGAAAGAAGAUGAAAGAAUGGACAACAUUCGUCGCGUUUCUUUUGUUCGCUUUAAACAGAUGAAAAAUGACGUCGACACUCUUCUUUUUUGAUCCAGUCAGACGACGUUUCAUUUUUGUUUUGUGUUCACUGGACUCGUUCACUGACCAUCGCCGUAGAGUACAACGCGGCGGAACAAGUUGCGCACGCGGAUUUUUUUUUUAAAUCAAAAUCUAGCGUGAAUUUCUGACGUCACGUCGGGAGAAAUUUAAAAAAAGCGCGUUGAUGGGUAACCGGUCGUGAAAUGUCAGGUGAGAAGAUGGAUCCGAGGUGAGCUUUAGAGGGUUUGAACGCACUUUGUGUCUUGUGCCAUUUUAUCCGUCGAAUGCGGACGCGCUCGCUGCUGCUGCUGGUCAAGAUGGGCCCCGGCUAUCGUCUUUCCUCUCAAACCCCCCCGCAAAUCCCAAGUAAGGAUCUUGCGUCAUAAAGAAAGGAACGUCGAAUAAUCUGCCGAGAUAGUCUAUGCUAAUUGUUUAGUGCCUAGAGUCUGCCAUUGACGAGUUUUGCUGGCUCUCGAUCGUGCCCAUGCCAAAGAGCUGCAAGAAGAAGAAGAGGCCCAGAGGGGCUUACAGUACACUACACACACACUCUACACAAACACACACACACCAGAGAAAAGAGCAUCUUUAUAGUCGUUUUCUCAACUCUUCUUCUGACUAUUUUUUAAAAGAAAGAAGAAAAAAUAGACGUAUAGCUGAACCCGCCGGGAGUGGUGAGCCCAACAGGUCUCUCUCUCUCUCUUUCCUUUUCUACACGAGUCAGAGGUUCGCUCUGACUGGCUGGGCACACAGUCGUUGUCGGUUCGUCGACGUGAGUUGGUGUUGUGUUGUGUGUCUCUCGGGCUGCUCGUAACUUAACCUCACACAAAACCUUUGAACCAUUCCUCCCCCUACAGAGAAUUCUCUUCGACUGUUAUUUUGGGUUGUGGAUAUAAUCAUCGUCAUCAUCAUCACGAAUCAUCCGCAUCCGAAAGAGAGAGAGAGUGAAAAAUCGUGAGAGUGAAGGGGUUAUCCUCACAUCCAACUGUCAAGGCCUCUCCCCUGCAUUUGAGUUCCUUCCAUUUCUCUGUGUGUGUGUUUGUGUGUGCGUUGUGAAUUGGGCGAAAGAGAUUAUUACGUUGGCUCGUUACGAAGAGUCGCAGCGAAGGUUUUUCAUUUUGGGGGGUUGUUUGAGUUUGGUUUUGACCUAGUGCCACAUCACGAAACGGAGAGGAUGAACUUCUCUCCGAUGCGGCCGACAUCGUCAUCAUGAGAUCUGCUGACAGUCUCUUCAUCAUCAUCUUACCCUUGUCGUCCACCACCAGUCAUUCGCCACGUCCUCCUCCUCCUCCUCUUUCGGCUGACGCCUCCACCUUCUUCUUGUCCUUAACCUACUCCUCAUCAUCAGACCUGCCAUGCCGCACAGGUGGAGAUCGGCCGCCAUCGCAGAUGGAGCGGUUCAUCGACAGCAGCACCAGCCAGCACCUCCGCCGCCACCGCAGUGGGCAAACAACGGAUGGCCGCCUCCGCGUGAAGACAAACAGUCGACGUUAUCCCGGUACUGGACGAAUGAAAAGACGACCAAGGACCAAGGACGAGGAGGUCUGGCCAGCGGCGGAGCGGGUGGUACGAGCGUUGGAGGCGCCCGGCACCUACCGUCCAACUACCACCAGCUGAAACGGGUCUGCCGUGACAGGGGAUUGCUCUUCGACGAUCCCGACUUCCCCACCACGGCCCGAUCGCUCUACACCAACAAGAAGCCGGCCAACUUGGGAGGACCCAUCACUUGGCUCAGACCACACGAUAUUUGCCAGCGGCCGACGUUCAUUGCCAACGGAGCGUCGCGGUUCGACGUCGAGCAAGGCGAAUUGGGCGACCCUUGGUUACUGGCUGCCAUUUCGUCCCUGACACUAACGCCGCGCUUCCUCGAUCGAGUCGUCCCGCCCGACCAGACCUUCGACCUCCACUACUGCGGUCUCUUCAGGUUCCGAUUCUGGCACUUUGGCGACUGGGUCGAAGUGGUCAUCGACGACAAGCUGCCCACUGUGCGCGGCAAACUAGUCUACCUGCACUCGUCGGAUCCGCAAGAGUUUUGGGCCGCCCUACUAGAGAAAGCUUACGCCAAACUUUACGGGACGUACGAAAACUUGCACGCCGGAUUCACGACCAAAGCCUUACAAGACCUGACCGGCGGCAUUGUCCAGAGUUUUUGCCUGUCGCAGCAGGACAAGUUCCUGACGUACCAGGUGUUGAACAGCGCCGUCCCGCGCUCGACGCUCCUCAUCGCCAGCAUCAGCUUUGGCGAGAAGGAGACGUCGUCGUCGUCGGGUGGCGGUGGCAAGCAGCCGCGGGCUCUGCGUCUACGCAACGGUCUCAUGUCGCAGACGGCCUACAGCGUGACGGGACUGGCCCGCGUCAGGAGCAGCAACCGCGGCGAAGUGCCGCUCGUCCGACUCAGGAACCCUUGGGGUCGCGGAGAGUGGAGCGGACCCUGGUCGGAGCGCUCCUGGGAGUGGGACUCGCUCUCGGAGCGCGACAAGGAGCUCCUGUCGGUCCGCGUCCGCAACGAGGGAGAAUUCUGGAUGUCUUUCGAGGACUUUUCCAAGCAAUUUACACAUUUGGACUUGGUUCACAUCGGCCCGGAUGAUUGGAUGAACGAGCCAGCGCUGCACUCUAAGAAACCUUGGCGAGCCGUUUUGGCUCGACGAAGAUGGCGAGCCGGAUACAACGCCGGAGGAGGCCCACAUCACUUGGAGACGACGGCCAUGAACCCGCAGUUCUUCGUCCAGAUCCCCAGGACGGCGGCCACCAGCUCCAAGUGCCACGUCGUCGUGUCGGUGACGCAGCACUACGAGACCCGUGACGGACUUCUCCUUCUCGGGAAACAAAAGAAAAACAGCGCCGGCGGAUGCGCUAGUGGCGGUGGCGGCGGCGGCUCGAGCUCCGGCUCGACUCUCAACCGCUCGAUGCACGCCAUCGGUUUCGCCGUCUACGAAGUGCCACCCAACGUCAACCGGCUCACCGCUCACUUUGUCGCCGAGCACAAACCGCUGGAUGUAACCAAUCACUCAGUGGCCAGGGAAGUGGUGACGUUCUUCACGCUGCCGCCGGGAGACUACGUGGUCGUCCCGCAAACCGGCAUCGCCCACUGCGAGGGCAAAUUCCUCUUGCGCAUCUUCACCGACGAGCACAGCAACAUUUGGGAAGUCAACGAAGACAACAUGAUCUUUAGGAACGUCGCUGCAGAAGGAUUUGAAGAUGGUUUCAAACACCCGGAAGUUCGGAGUAAUUUCAGCAAAUUGGCCAUCAAAUAUCCGACGGAAAUUGACGCCGGCAUUUUGAUGAAAAUCCUGAAAAAUUACAAUUGUUUUCGAUCGACGGCCAACAGCGCCGAUCUCGCCCGACCCGUCAGCGUCAACAGCAACGUCAGUCCGUCUGGAUGCUGCGCCAACGUCCCCUGUUUCAAUUCACUCAUGGGCUCGGAGAAGCCGCCCAGUCUGGAGCUUUGCAAAAGUCUCAUCAUGCUCAGGGAUUUCAACAUUAGUGGCAAGAUUAAUCUGAUUGACGUCCCCGCCCUCUUGCACACCCUACACUUUUGGCGGGUGGCCUUUGGCAAGUACGACCGAGCCCACGGUGGCAAGACGAGUAGUUACAAUUUGAGACCCAUCCUGUGGGAAUCUGGAUUGACCGUCAGUAACAAAGUGCUCGAAUGUUUGGUCUUGCGCUUCGCCAAAAACCGAGUUCUCACAGCCGAAGCUUUCGUCAUGGCACUCGUCCGCCUUCAUUUGGCCCACGAGCGAUAUCUCAGCAUUGACUCGAAAAUGAAAGGCAGUCCCCUGUCGUUGGAAGAGAUGAUUUUGAUGACAAUUUACUCCUGAAUUCACUACUCCGCAACCGUCGAUUACUAGACGAAACCAAGGAAGUCUGAGGACAUAAAAUUGUUAAAAAGAGAAAAAAAAAAAAAAGAAACACAAGGGGGGGGGGGGACAGAAAAAAGUUUCGUAAAAUACCAGUCAAUUUGCCCGCUCUUAGAAAUGUAUACAGUAAAUUCUUUUUGAUCGACGACGUUCCUUUUUUUUUUUCUUCAAUCGACGGCGACAACGACGCCUCACCUUGUCACCGGAUGUUUGCGGUGAAAAUGGUAAAGAAGAAUUAAAAAAAAAAAAAGAAAAGUGUAUAAAUAAGUCCAAAAGACACCGAAGGCUAAUACCAAAAAAAAAAAAAAUAAUAAUCAAUAAAUUAAAAAAAAAAUAAAAGUUUCUUUCAAUGAUACAUGACUGCACUUAUUCAAGACUCGUGUAUUUUGUUCAUUGAUUCCAUAAUAAUAAUAUAUAAUAUGAUUUCUGUUCCACUGCACAUUUUGUUUCAUGGAAUGUCGUCAUUGAAUCAAAUAGAGAUCUAACGUGAUUGCCGUUAGAUAAAGUCACAAAUGUCAACGU